AUGGCGCCUGUAAGAAACAAGACGAGUACAUCGUCCGACGACGACGACAAGGUCAUGCUCGAUGGCCACAAGGACGACAAGCCAAAGCGCAAGCGUCAAAGCCAGAGCUGCGAUGCCUGCCGCUCCCGCAAGGUUCGCUGUGCACGCGAUAACCCAGAUGAUCAGACGACGCGCUGCAAGCACUGUAUCUCCCUAGGAGUCCCCUGCACGUACGACUAUCAGCCCAAGAAGCGUGGUCCUCCAAAUCUUUAUCUGCGUCGCCUCCAAGAGGCUGCUGCCCAAGCCCAGCGUGAUGCCGCUGUUGCUGCUGCUAAUGGCGGUCUCAUGGAUGCAUCUGUGCCCCCCAUGUCUGCUGGAGGUGUUCCAAACACGCCUGCAUCAGCCCUCGGUGGCCAUCAUGGUGUCUCGCCUUUGUCACCGCACUCGUCGAUACACGUCCCACUCCUCUCGCACAAUCCUCACUCCCAUGCCGCUGCAAUGCGUCGCAGCCCGCCCUCGCUCCCAAAUCUGACGACCCCCGUCACUCCGGUACCCGCAUCGUAUCUAUCCGAUCCGCAUGUGCCCGCUGCCAUUCCACCCUCUCGAUAUCCUAUUGCAGCAGACACGUACACCGGCAAUGCGUCCACGACUCCGGCGCCCACGAGUGCAUUGUACAAUCAUCACAAUCCAUUCGAUCGCCCGUCUACCGCGGACACCACUUCAACCACCGGCCCACCUCCUUCAACAAUUGCGCCGCCCUCUCUCGAGAGCCCGUUCACAAGCUCUUUUAGUGCAAGUGCAAACGGCCCCAACCAGAGCUGGAUGUCCCCUCCUGGUGUGAUUCAAUACCCAUUCAAACCAUAUCAGCCUCCUCCACCGACGUACCUUCCUCCUCUCAAUUACUAUUAUCGACCACACCGGCUCGAGGACAUUGCUCCCCGCGAGAUGCUCCUCCAGAUCAUUCAACUCUUCUUUGACUUUGUCUACCCGCUCACCCCAUGCGUCCAUCGGCCCUCGUUCAUGGCCGACUUGAGCUCGAGACGCGAAGAACGAGACCCACUCUUCUUUGCUCUUGUCAUGAGCACGAUCGCCAGCACGCUUGUUCAGGUCCCGAGGAGCUAUCUCCCCAUUGUCGAAAGGAAGCAGGUUCGAAGACUAGCCCAGCUUUGCCAUGAGGCAAGCAGGCAUGUCACGGUCGCCGCCUACGACCCUCCGACGAGCACUCAUGUAGUCGUUCGAUACUUCGACACUGUCUAUCACUUUUGCGAGGGUCACGACGCGACGUCGCAUGCCUCGUUUGGUGAGGCUGCCCACAUUGCUGUCACCCUGCAUAUGCACGAAGAAGCUUCGUAUGAAGGCCUGGAUCCUAUCGAGACCGAGGUCCGACGACGUGUCUUCUGGCUCCUCUUUGGAGCCGACAAAUCGAUGUCCAUCCUCCUGGGCCGCCCCAUCUGUCUUCGUGAUGAAGACUGCACAUUGCACUUCCCCAAGGAAGUUGAUGAUGAAUACAUUACUGCAACGACCAUUCACCCUCAACCCCAGGGCAAGACGGCCAUCGUCUCGGGGCUCAAUUACAUCACCCGCAUCUUUGCUCUCCUCGGCGAGAUUCUCGUUCGCAUUCGUGUCGACAAGCGUUCCCCACCGCAAGGACCGUUUGCCACUGCCCGUCUCGAAGAGGUGCGCUCACUUCAUGCGCGCAUCCUCGGCGCACUUGCGCACGCUCCUGCGCCUCUCCGACUCAAGAGCCUCGGCCAGCUCAGCACUGCAAACGGUGUUGCUGUUCCCGGCCAAGGCGCGGCGGCUGGCGUCCCGGGCACCGUGCACACUCCCGUCGCGGGUGACUGGCCCAAUGGUGCCGGUUUCCGUCAGGCGACGUUUGCAGAGGUCAGAGACUUUUUCGACGGUACCAAGGCGUCGCGAGCGAAUGCCCCCAACCCGUUCUUGGUCAUGCAGGCCAACCUGUACGUGACUCAGCAAUUGGUUCGAUUCGUGAUUGAGCAGUAUCGCGACGAGCUCAUGAUUUCGAUGCAAGCCGCGACGGGAGAGGAGAUUGAGCUGUCAUCCCAAGAAGACCGCGAGGCCGUCGCGAGCGACCUCCUCACCGUCUUGCACUCGAUUCCGAUCCAGUCUAUCGCGACCAAUGGACCCUCACUGGUACACAAAGUUCGCUUUGUGGCCUCGACGCUCCUCGACGCCGUACGCAAGGCAGAGACUGCACCUGUCUCAGCCGCACGAGCACACGCAUACCUCUGGGACUUCCUCUCGAUUCUCUCGGAGAUUGAGAGGAAUUACCUCCUAGACGACGAUGCAGACGGUGGAAGCAAUGGCGACGGUGUCCCGCUCCUGGGCAACGCAUGA